AUCUUUGUUUAUGCAUAUAAAUUAAACGUGUCUUCCCAAUUUUCAAUUGUUCUUUUCUAGUUAGCCAGCUUGCUAGGUCCAUAUCCAUUUAUGGAGGGAGAGGGACAAGAUCAUAACAACAACUACACUCGCCCUCUUCUCACACCGCCGCCGCCCGCCGCCGUAUUCACCACAGAAUCCCAUGACAUCCCUCCGAUCAGCAGCCCCAGAAUCUUCGGCAGGGAGUUUCUCCUCGAGUCCAAGAAGCUCUGGUACCUGGCCGGCCCUGCCAUCUUCACCUCUGUCUGCCAGUACUCACUCGGCGCCAUCACUCAGCUCUUCGCUGGCCACGUUGGCACCUUAGAGCUCGCCGCUGUCUCUGUCGAGAACUCCGUCAUCGCCGGCUUCUGCUUCGGCAUCAUGCUUGGGAUGGGAAGUGCGUUGGAAACGCUAUGCGGACAAGCGUUCGGAGCGGGACAAUUGAGGAUGUUAGGGAUUUACAUGCAACGAUCAUGGGUCAUUCUCAACACCACCUGCUUGAUCCUCAGCCUUCUCUACGUCUUCGCCAAGCCGCUCCUCAAUUUUAUUGGCCAGACGGCCGCCAUAUCCAAGGCGGCGGGGGAGUUCGCCGUCUGGAUGAUACCGCAGCUCUUCGCAUACGCCAUGAAUUUCCCGAUCCAGAAGUUCCUGCAGGCGCAAAGCAAGAUCAUGGUCAUGGCUUGGAUAGCAGCGGCGGCGCUUGUGAUGCAUCUGCUGCUCAGCUGGCUGCUCAUGCUGAGGCUGGGCUGGGGGCUGGUCGGGGCCGCGGUGGUGCUGAACGGGUCCUGGUGGUUCAUAGUGGUGGCGCAGCUUGUGUACAUCCUGAGCGGCACGUGCGGGAACGCGUGGAGUGGCUUCUCGCUAAAGGCGUUUGAGAAUCUCUGGGGAUUCGUUCGUCUCUCCCUUGCAUCUGCAGUUAUGCUCUGGUAUCAAAAUUUAAAUUUAUUUAUUUCUUGGUCAUAUGCUUUUAUUUAUUUAAACUAUUUUUGUUUCUUCCUCCUUUACCAUGCAUGCAUACUUUUUCUGGGACGUGACCAUGCACACUACUUUGUUAUGUGUUUUUGCCAAAACAUGAACAUCUUGGGUUGGACCGUGAUGGUAUCCUUUGGAAUGAAUGCAGCAGUAAGUGUGAGGGUGUCAAAUGAACUAGGGGCAUCACACCCAAGAGCAGCGAAAUUCUCGCUAGUGGUAGCAGUGAUAACAUCGUUUGUGCUGGGUCUAGCAAUGUCACUGGUUCUUAUCAUGUUCAGGAAGCAAUACCCUUCCUUGUUCUCAAAUGAUUCAGCGGUGAAGGAACUGGUGAUGGAGCUGACACCAAUGUUGGCCUUUUGCAUCAUCAUCAACAAUGUUCAGCCUGUUCUUUCAGGUGUUGCCGUUGGGGCAGGGUGGCAGAGUCUUGUUGCCUAUGUCAACAUUGCUUGUUACUAUCUUUUUGGUGUUCCUCUUGGACUUAUUUUGGGCUAUGCGCUUGACUUUGGUGUCAUUGGGAUCUGGUCUGGGAUGCUCACGGGGACCAUUGUCCAAACUUGUGUUCUAUUCAUCAUAGUAUAUAGAACUGACUGGGACAAAGAGGCCUCCCUUGCAGAAGAUAGAAUAAAGAAGUGGGGUGGGCAUAAAGAUUCAAAAUCCAAUGGUGUCGCAAAUAAUGAUCAGCAAACAUGAAAGUGUUGCAAAUUCUAGAACCAAAUUUUUUAUGUAUUUAAUUUCAUUUUGUCAAACUUGUGUUCAAGGGCCAACAUUAGCCCAGUUGUAUAAUUUAGAAGUGUUAUGCCUCGUUGGCUCGUAUGAUAGAAAUGCUAAAAAGUAAUCAACAUUUAUUAUUUUUGACCAUUAAAUGUGAUGGUCAAAAACAAUAAAUUUUGUGAUAAUCCUCUAGCAUUUCUCUAUCUCCACCCCUCAAACAGGUUGAGGGGUGGCUGAGUCUGGAACGAUAGGGCUGUAGUGGAUGGGGUUGCUGCUGCUCAUCCUUUUCUUCAACGUUCACCUGUUUCUUUCUCAACACUCAUCCCUUCUGAACUCUCUUUUAUGUCACCAUGCUACUUUGCCUCCCGGCUUGCAAUCUGCAGGAAAUUAAAGAAUCAAUUUAGAGGUUGUUGCUC